CCCACUACCAAACGUCUGAAGAAAAGUAUAAAACGAUACAGAGGAAGAAGAGAAAGGGAAGAACUUAAAAGUAGUAAAGAUGGAAGAGGAGAAGCGUAGUGAUACAACGGUGGAGAUCUCCGGAUUACGAUUCACGUAUCCUGGAAUCGACGGACAUCCACCUCCGGGAUCGAAACCGCUCAUCGAGGAUUUCUCUCUGAAGCUCAACUCGAGCGAACGGUGUCUCCUCGUCGGAUCUAACGGCGCCGGGAAAACAACGAUACUGAAGAUAUUGGGAGGGAAACAUAUGGUGGAGCCGCACAUGGUUAGGGUUCUUGGUCGAUCUGCGUUUCACGACACCGGUUUGACAUCUUCUGGUGAUCUCUGCUAUCUCGGCGGCGAGUGGAGGCGUGACGUGGCAUUUGCAGGAUUUGAAGUGCCGAUUCAAAUGGAUAUAUCGGCAGAGAAGAUGAUUUUCGGAGUGGCUGGUAUUGAUCCAAAGAGAAGAGCUGAAUUGAUCAAGGUGUUGGAUAUCGAUAUCUCAUGGAGAUUGCACAAGGUCUCUGAUGGCCAGAGAAGACGCGUCCAGAUUUGCAUGGGACUCCUCAAGCCUUUCAAGGUUCUCCUUUUGGAUGAAAUCACUGUUGACCUUGACGUUCUCGCCAGAGCCGACCUUUUGGCAUUUCUGAGGAAGGAAUGCCAAGAACGAGGAGCUACCAUUAUCUACGCCACUCAUAUUUUCGAUGGCCUUGAGGAUUGGCCUACACACAUUGUGUAUGUAGCAAAUGGGAAGUUGCAAUUAGCAAUGCCAAUGGAGAAAGUGAAGGAGACAAGCAAGAAGUCAUUGAUGAGAACAGUUGAGAGUUGGUUGAGGAAAGAAAGAGAUGAGGAGAGGAAAACAAGGAAAGAAAGGAAAGCCAAUGGCCUUCCUGAAUUCGAAACUCGUGCUGAAGAAAGCCGUGUCACCGGUGAUCCUGCUCGGAUGCUCAACAAUGGCUGGGCUGCCGGGAGGCUUCACUCUACCAUUGCAGGCGGUGAAGAUCAUUUCGUCCUUAGCUCAAACAGAGUUCUCAGAUAAGCAUGCAUGCGAGAGACUCCACUGGAGCAGAAAGGUCAUAAUAAUAUGUUCUGUAUUUUUUUCUCUUUUAACCACGAAUAAUACUUUUUUUUUUCUGUAACCCGUUUGUUUGUUGUUCUGAGAUAUGAAUUUUAUAUUCUUUUCUAGUUAUAUUUUAGUUUGGUAAUGAGAAGGAUCAAGAUUGAA